AAAUCUCCUCCUAAGUUUGCUAGGUUAGAGAUGUCAAGCAAUAAGCAAAUGGGCACCUCUCCUAGUUUAUACCAAACAUACAAUAUAACCCCACUUGCAAAGAACGCACAAAAUUUUCAUUUCUGGCUGCUUCUUCUGGCUUGUAAAGGAAGAGAAGAGAGGAUAAAUUAAAGCUUCGUUUUGUUUAUAUGAUGCGGCGUGGUGUGAUUUGCGUUUAGUUCUGACGACCCCCUGUAAUGCCAAACACAUAAUAAAACAACAGCAAAUCCAUAGAUAUCCAUCACAAAAGAUAACACAUGAUGAUGUUCUUCCACCAAACCAUGUGCCAACGCCCUCCAAACUGCCAAACCCAAAACUUAGGCGCCCACUGCUUCACUCUCUUGUUUGCGCUCCUUAAUUUGCCUCUUUAUAACCAAUAAGCUCGUCCAAUUCCAAAUCCAAGUGCCUCAGAUAUUCUACCUCCUGUUCCAUACUCAAAAGCCCUUCAAACUCAAGCUUCUCCUUUUUGGGCCUACUUAUAACGUUUCCUGCCAUUCAAGAAGUACUUUCAAGCUAUACAAAAGAAUGUUAGGAAGCGCUUUCUUACCUCCUAAACCCUCCCUCUCCCACUCCUCUCCCAGCCAUUUUAGUCCAGGGGUUGAAUAUCCGAUUCGGGCCUUCGUAGUCACAGCAUCUGCAGCCACUAUCAGUCCAGAUUCGGUGAAGGCAAAGUCAUCAAGAAAUACACUAUACGAAAUCCUCUGUGUCGACCAAACUGCAUCCCAAGCUGAGAUCAAGGCUGCAUACCGAAGUCUGGCAAAACUUCAUCAUCCAGACAUCACACCUUCAGAUCGUGAUGGUCAGGAUUUCAUAGAUAUCCACAAUGCUUAUGCUACCUUAUCUGAUCCUGCAGCUAGGGCUAGCUAUGACUUGUCAAUUCGUGCUUCAGCUCCACGUUAUGGAUUUAGAUAUUCUACUUCAAACACUUUUCAGGGAAAUCGACCAACUAGGAGGUGGGAAACUGAUCAAUGUUGGUAGGCAACCUAGCUUAACUAUUUGCUCAUAAUGUAAUUUGUACCAUCAACAACAGAAUCAAAGCCCUUGCCCACAUCUACUUCUUCUUCAAA